CGUUCCGACAUCAAAGGACGUGCCUCGUUGUCCGGCUUGUUCUGCCUCUGAUUGGCUUACCCUGCCCUAACCAAUCCAAACUCCCCAUGCCUAAACGCAACCAGUGAUAGAGAAAGACAUCUCUAUGGCUCUGAAUGCAACUACGUCGACCAUUCUGGCAGAUCCGAUUUAGGAUCUACCUGCUCAAGCAAGGAUAGGAAGUAUAGUUGUGGAACAAGCUAACUGAUGCUGGACUGAACACAUUUGUCAUAUUCAUGUGUUGCGUUUGUGUGUCAGUAAGAGUCGUUUUCCUCGGAGCUGUUGCUGUAAAUCAAAAAGAGGAAUUGAAUCUGUCCCAGUGAGAAGACAUGAGCUCGGUCAGAGAGGAAGGUAAAGACCGAAUCAUCUUUGUCACCAAAGAGGAUCAUGCAACACCCAGCAGUGCUGAGCUUGUAGAGGAAGAUCCUAAUAAUGACCCAUAUGAGGAGCGAGGCCUGAUUCUUCCCAGUGGGAUCAACUGGAACUGCCCCUGCCUGGGUGGGAUGGCCAGUGGACCCUGUGGGACUGAAUUUAAGGAUGCCUUCUCCUGUUUCCACUAUAGUAAGGAGGAGGUGAAGGGUUCUGAAUGCCUGGAGCAGUUUAGGGCCAUGCAGGAGUGUAUGCAGCGCUACCCGGAGCUCUAUCCGCAAGAAGACGAGAAGGUGCAACGAGAACAAUCAUCUGAAACUCACCAGACCUCACAAGACUCUGCAUCUGCAGAAACGUCAGGUGCAAACUCAGCAUCUGCCACUAAGCAAGACGCUGAUUCUACACAACCCUACACAGAGGGCUCAGUGGAAAGCUAAUGAUGAGCCUUGGUGGCAACAUGAGCCCUUUUUGCAAUCUGUUUUUUUUAAUAUGUACUGUUAAUAGUUUAUUUUAUGACUUUAUAAGGUAGGGGGAAAAAGUGGUUUUGGUAGAAAUAUCAGAAAUGCUUGUUUUGCUCUCAGUGGCUGGAGGGGCUGGAGAUAUUGUGUAUGUUUAACAGCAGUUAGCAGCUGAUUGGCCAGCAGGACAACCAGAGAAAAAGUAAACAAACCGAAACUUACAAAUCAUGUUCAGACAGUGUCAAGUUAGCAUUGAAGAGUAAAGUCCACACCAGCAUCUAAACUGAUGAAAGUGAUAUUUCUUGGUAAGUUUACAAGCUGUAGGGCUUGACAUUAACCUUGACAUUAACCUUCUGAGUUAUUUGUCCUUAGGACACUUCUUCAGGUAAAAAUGACAAUUUACAUGUUACCAGCUGCAAUGCUUUCUUCAACAACAGAAACAAUGUAUAGACUAAAACAGAAGUAAUACCUUUCAAUCAUCACUUAUGACCCACUAGAAGUGUGUGGUGGUGUCUGUAUCUGCAGAGACCCUGCCCUCUGCCUGCAUUUUCUCUUUUCUUUUUAUAUAUGACAGUUGGGAUGUUUUGGGUGUCAACAAAAAGCAUUUGGCCCCCCAUGGGUGUGUCAUUUUGUGUGAUAAAAUGUUUAAUAUUCAUAUUAACCAUUGACUCAAAGUUUAUAUUGGUGACAUUAUGGAUAAAAUUGCUAAAUUCACAGAGGUGUGAAAAAUCUACUGAAGACUAGUCUUGAGUAGUGUGUUUCCACAGCUGCCAUCUGUCCUAUUGGACUGCAUUUCUUCUGCUAAUUUAUAACCAGACUUCACCUCAGCUGAACUUUAUUAAACCAUUUGGGUCCAACACAGGAUUGACUAAAGUGACUUGAAGUGAAUAUUGUUGAACGUUUUAUAAUAAAUUAUCCCUUAUAAUAAUGGUUAUUGUGAGAUUUAAUUGUUGUUUAUCCCUUAUAUGUACUAAGCCUGAUAUUGCAAUAAUGACCUUAUACUGUAAUCACCACGUAGCAAGUCUGGAGAAAAUGUGUAAACUCAUGACAAGCAGGGGUUAACUCUUUUUUUAGUAGACCAUAAACAACAUACACAAGAAA